AUGCUUUCAAUUUCAAAACCAUUAACAAGUUAUAUAAUUCGUGGAUUACAAUUUUUAUUUGCAGUAAUAUUAUUAGCAGUAAGUGCAGCAUUUGAAGCCAAAAUUGGUUGGAAUUUUUCAAGAGUUUCAUAUAAUAUAGCAAUUGCAGUUUUAACAAUCUUGUAUUUGGGUUAUAUCUUGUCAGUUUCAAUUUUUUUCAAAAAUCAAACUUUUCCAUUACUUAUAAUUAUUUCAGAAUUUAUAUUUUGGAUUUUUUAUUUAGCUGCAUGGGCAUCAAUUGCAGAUUAUAUGUCAUAUUAUUCAUCAUGUAAUUAUAUUUAUUAUCUGAGUAUUAAUAAUAAUUAUGUUUCAAAUAAUAAUACUGCUUGUCAAUUAUAUAGAUCUAUAUUACCAUUUGGUUUAUUGAAUUGGAUCCUUUUUUCAAUUGAUUUAGUUUUAAUAACAAUAUAUAUAAUUAUACCAUUUAUUAAAAAUAAAAUUUUUAAUCAAACUUUACAACAAAAGGAAUUUAUUUGGGGCAGUUUAUUUAUUAAUGGUGAUAUAACUAGUGGUGGAUUAACAGGAACUACAGGUGGAUUUAUUGAUGAAGAACAACAACAUGGUAAAUAUGAAACUGAAAGUGAACCAAGUAACAGUCAAGGUCAAGUUAUUGAUGAUACAACUACUGAUGGUAUUGCAACAAGUUCGGAACCUCAAGCUCAAUAUACAAAUACCACAACUCAAGUAAAUCCUUGA